GCUUCUUCUACGCAUAACAUUUCCCAGAAUUCUUUUAGGGUAUUCCAAAAUGGAGGAACUUGUGGUUGAAGUUUGUGGAUCUAACGGGGCAUUUUACAAGGCUAUUGUAAAAGAUGUUUUGGAAGAUGAACUUAUUAUUUGUUAUGAGCAUAAUAUGAAGGCAGAUGAAAGAAUUAGGUUUCUUCAAGCAAGGUUACCUCCCACUAAUAGUUCGCAGCGUCUGGAAUAUUCAGAAGGUGAAAACAUUGAGGCAUACAAUAAAUUAGGGGAUGAUAUAGUAUAUGCCUGGUGGCCAGCUAAAUUAAAGAUGUUAAAAGGCGAAUUUGCUGUAAUAGAUUAUAAAGGUGGUCAAAGUGCCUCAGAUAUUCUCCCUUUAGAAAAAAUACGUCCAUCUUCUGUACAUGUACCCAUUCAUAAAGAUAGUUUUUUUAGGUUUUCUUUAGAAAUUCCUCCAGACCUAGCAGAGGCAUGUCAGGAAGAGUCGUCAUUGGCUGAAUUCAAACGCCAUUGUGGUGUUGGUGUUGUAUCUUAUCAUCCAAACGAGGACGCUCUUGUUGUUCUGUCCACAAAUGAAUCUGUGAUUAAAAAGGCUUCCAUAUUAGGAGAUAUGUUUUUACGCAACCUUAGGCAAAAAAUAUUACUUAAACAACGUACAGAAGAAGCAGUAAAAAAAUUACAGAGUACAAAGAUUCGAUCAGGUUAUAUGGAAGAAUUUUCUGUGUCGGAUACAUUGAUGGGUUUAGCAAUAGGAACACAUGGUGCCAAUAUACAACAAGCUCGUAAAGUAGAGGGUAUUACCGGUAUAGAAUUAGAUGAAACUUCCUGUACGUUUAAAGUUUAUGGUGAGAAUGAAGAAUCGGUGAAACGUGCUAGGAAAAUGUUAGAAUUUGCUGAAGAAACUUUUCAAGUUCCCAAAGAAUUAGUUGCUAAAGUUAUUGGUAAAAAUGGUCGUAAUAUACAAGAUAUCGUAGACAAAUCUGGUGUUGUUCGGGUCAAGAUUGAAGGUGAUAACGAACAGGAGGCUAAUAAAGCAGACGGUCAACUGCCAUUUGUUUUUGUUGGAACUAUAGAAAGUAUUGAAAAUGCCAAAUUACUGCUGGAUUUUAAUCUUGAUCAUUUACGAGAAGUUGAACAAUUACGUCAAGCCAAACAAGAGAUUGAUAUACAGUUACGUAGUAUGUCCGGUCCUUCAACCGGCCCUUACUUUCCACCACCUAGAGAACGCAGAGGUAGCAACGACCCUUAUUCAGAUGAAAGAGGAGGAUUAAGGCGUGGUCGAGGAAGGGGAGGAAGAGGUGGACGAGGGAGAUGGAAUGAUAGAACAGGUGAUGACACAGAACCUGUACAUGUAGGUGAUUGGUCAGCGGAGGUAAUGGCAGAAGAAAGACGUCAAUCCGGCUACUUGACUGACAGUGUGUUAAGUGGUGGUAGGGGGCGUGGCUACAGAAGAGGGCGGGGUAGAGGAAGAUAUAGUGGUUAUUCUUCAUUAAGGAGAGAUUCAGAUACAGCAUGGCGUGAUUCACGAGAUUAUCCUGCUAGAAAUGGUUAUAUGUCAGAAAGAUUUAAUGAUGAUGAUGAAUCUCGUGAUGCUAGAUCAAGACGACGUAUGACAGAUGAUGAUGAUACAGUAUUAGACAACGCCAGUGUCAACAGUCAAGAUGGAGAUUAUGACCGACGUCGUGAUAGACCCGAUAGAAGGCGGCGGCGUAGAAAAAAUAGAACCCGUGGUAAUGGUGGAGGGGCUUCAGGAACGGAAACUGAUACAAGUGUUUCUAAUUAUCGUACUUCUCGCUAUAGCAACCCAGCCCCUUCAUAUCGUGGUUCUAGAGGAGGAUUACCACCAUCUCACUCGACUGGUUCCAUUAAAACAGAUGGAAUGGCCAGCAAUUACUCAGCCAACCGUAACUCGACCAAUGAACCAACUGCUGAACGACAGGCCAACGGGCAAGCCAAUACUAAAUCUGAAUCUAGCCAUUCACGGCAAGAUCAGGGUUACACCAAACCAGAUGGCAAACCUCAACGACAGCCAAGAGAGAGUCGCCACUUCAAGCAAGCAGCUAACCCAAGUGGAAGUGACUCCGAUUCAAAGGCACGGCCUAAAGUUGACGGCAAGAAAGAACAGAUGGUUAAUGGGGAAUAGAUAUGGUGUUCUGUCAUCCAAUCAGCGAGCAGUAUGACCUGCUUCCUUCGCUAACCUAACACUUAAACCUGCAGUGUAAAGCAGACGAACGGAAUAUAAAAAAAAAAAGAGACGAUAGGAAAGGUUGUCUCCGAAUGUUUGUUGAUUCAAUAACCAGUUGUGUGAUUUUUUUUAAUGCGGACGCUUUUAUUUCAAGACUUGAAAACUCAUUUUACGACAUUACUACCGAUCAAAGACUCAACUAGUUUUAUUACUUUCUCCUGACUCGUCAGUCAAUCAUCAUGCAUGAUCAAAACGUAUGACCACACGUGUAAUAUGUGCAGAGUUAUUAUCUAAAUAUAUGGACCCACCACCCGCUUUUGAGUUUGACGUUGAAAUAUAUAUAUAUUUAUGUGAUUAUAUAGAUAAAUACUAAACAAUAAGAAGAGGACUAGCAGCUGUAGUGUUUAUUUAUUUAUUUAUUUAUUCAGCAUGAAACAAAGUCAGUGAAGAGGCUUGUUUAAUUAACGUUCGUUUAACGAACGUUCCAUAUUAAAGCCUUUUAAAGACUAGUGAACUGUUCUCUUAGCUAGCUGAGUAAACUAACAUGGAAGUAAUCUAUAUGCAGUGAUUAGUGAGGAUGCUGUUUGAUUGUGAUUAGUUCAGAAAAAUAUAUAUAUGGAAUACAUUACAUGUAUGAUCCGAUCAAUGGAGUAUAUUUCAACGGGCCAACAACAAAUGUCAAUCUUGUAGUCUGUAUAGAGUAGAACCCAUACCCUUGUUGCCUUAUAUAGAGUGGGGAAUUGAGAAUAAUUGGAUGUUGUAAGAUGAUGCGGUUGUGUUAUUUUAUAUAUUAACAUGUUGAUCUGUUAUUGUAUGAUGUCGUUGAUUUCAGUUUAGAUACAAGUCAUAUUCAUAGACCACAACAGUAGUUCCAUGCUCAACAUGGAGUCUGCUUCGUACACGGCAGUGUAAAACUCUAUUACUCUUUUAAUUCACCACGUCAAGGACAUUUUCUUAAUCCACCAUGUGUAAGGCUCAUUUUCCAAGUACGUGGUUUCGGCGGCAAAAAAGUCAGUCUAAUGCAAAUGUGAUGAAACCGUUUACACUCAACCGGCUGAAAUGCUGCGAAAACGCAUACAUGGAAAACAUGUCCUUCAAUGACAAAAGUUAUGUUCGGCUCCAAUCUCGUUCAUGCAGGCCAGAUUUUUACCUGGUAUUAAAUGUAUAGGAGAGCAACUGAUGUUGAAAGAGUAGAUACUAACAAUUUAAUAUGCAUAAUUUUCUUUUGUAAUUAAACCAUUUUUUUGUGUGCUUAGUUCUACAUGUAUGUAAUUGCCCCUAAUUAUAAAUUUUUGUUGGUGUCUGUCUCCUUUGUUUAAAGUUUGUUUCUUCUGAAAGUGCCAUGAAAAUGUAAAUGUUAAUUCUAUUUUUAUAACCUGUCUGAUAAAUUAAGUGUAUUAUAUUUAAGGGUAAAAUAUCUUUGUGGUGGUUCUCAGUCAAUAGAACAAAUUGGUCAUAGAUAAUUUGGUUUUCAGAUUUCAUUGGGUCUAAACACAAUCUGAUUAAAAUACAGAUCUAUAUUUCGUCUCGUUUUUCUUUAUACUUUCGAUGGCCUACACUACAGGAAGAUCUGACCGGUUGUAGUGAUAGGUCGCGUCAGCCAUUGAUUAAUCAAUCAGCAUUGACGUUUCUAGGGGUUUACCAACAGUUCCGUGCAGAGCAAGCCAAGAACUCACCGUAACAGACCGUUUCAUUGGCUAAUUCCUCACAUCAACUAGAACGCAAGUUAUAUAACAACUCUUCCAGAUCCUAGUGUUGCAAAGACAAGUAAAAUUAAAAUUUUAACUAUAUAAAAUGAAUCGAAAUAGGAUCUGUGUUUUAAUCAGAGUGGUGUAAACUAUGCGUAUGUCAUAACUGUAAUUUUAUACAUAAAUAACUUGAUAAUCAUAUGCACAUUUGGGGAUCAUUCUUCCGUGUUGGAAAAAAACAAAAAAAACAGUUCAGAUUACCUUAAAUAGACCUGGUUAACCAUAUCGUCGUGUAGGAUUAUGAAUAUGAUCCUUACAAACUUCAUUCCUGAAAGUUUUAAAAGUGUACGUGUACUCGCUAAGAAAAGUAACCCAAAUUUGCAUUAGUAUUAAAUGGCCAAUUUCGAUUAUAUUUUGGAGAAUAAAACUACUUAAUUUUGUGUGGAAAACCCUUAAAAUCCCCUAUCUUGAGGCCAAGCAACUAAUUCAAUAUACGUGAUACGUUUUCAAAUAAUUUAAACCUGUCAGUCUUCAUCUAGAAAUGGAGACCGAUGUCCUAAGCUGUGGUAUAUGGUGUCUGGAUAAACCAGACUUUUAUUUUUUAAAAAUAAUGUGUAGAUGAAAUUUAUCUUUUCGUUAUCAAGUACAGCUGCAUGUGGGUCAUGCACUGUAUAAACCUCUAAAAGAAUGGCAAUAAAUUAUCAGGUCACCCAACGAAAAAAUUGAUCCGAAAGGGUUGUGUGUUUGGAUAAGCGGUUUUGACGUUCACGUGCAAACAACUCAAUAUUUUAAGCUGAUAUCUUUAGACAAGGUAAAUACACCAUUCCUGUAUAUUUUGGCGUUUAAAUUUCAUACGUACACAGACUUUUAUUUCUGAGACUGUUAAAAUCGGGAUGGUCCCUAAUGUUCUAUUGACUGCCAUCAGAAACUGAUUUAAUUCUACUUUCAGUUAGAUAAUAUACAUCUAUGCCUGUAACAUAAAUCUGUCGCUCUAAAAAAAAAAAAUAUAUUGUACAUAGCUAAACCUACAAGUAACUGCCAAAUUUAAUUUUUGUUUCCUUCGUGAUUUUAGAAAGAAAGUAGAUUUAUAAGCAUGUAUGAUUGUAAUUUCUAUAUUAGUAAAAUUUUUGUUUAUUUCUUUUAAGUUAUUACUAAUGACAAACGUACAUUACAUGAUGUUUGUGUUUCGUAGAACAUAUCAUUAAUAACAGUUAAUAAAAUUAAUUAAAUUAAAAAGUUAUGAAUUAGACAUAUCUUCUAAUACAUUAGGCCAUACAGAAAGCAGUAUUCUGGUUUCUCAGACAAUCCUUUAGAAAAGUCUGAUGCAGGAAUGAGUUUUUUUUUUAAUUUGUGAAAGGAUGCCUGGGCUGAAUAAAUUCUCACCAACAUCAUAUUUCAAAUUUCUAUAUUUAUCUCAUCCUUGGCUUGUUCAUACUGUUAAUAGUAAUUCACAUGUUACCUAGCUUAGAUUUACUUCUGUUACUGUAUGCUGAGCUGGAUACAAGUUUAUGCACCUAAUUUCCAUUGGGUCUACUCAAGUUUGCAUAGAUUUUCUAGUUGCUAAUGUAAAUAUUGCACUUUCCAAAGCCAAUGGAGUAUAAUUCCAAUCAUUUCCUCAUCUUCAUUACUACAUGUAGAAUGUACUUAAACAAUCUUCAAGCAUUAAUGGGUGGUUGACAUUUUCUGAUAGCCACAAGUCAAGUUUAUAGUUCAAUACCAUUUGUAAUUCUCAAAAACAUUUAAUAGAGAAAUUUCACUUUACAGCUGACAAUGUGAGAAUUGUUUUUGUACCGAAAUUAAAUAAGAGGCAUGCAGCUUUUUUUAUUUUAAAGUGACACUGCAGUAUCUGAAAACCGGAAUAUUUUUUUAUAUAUGGCCUUUUUAUUAAUGUUGAAUAUACUUGUAGCCUUUGGUACUUAAAAUGAAAACAAGCAGAUUAAGUUUUGUUAUUUAAUGUUGGGUCGAAGUCGAAGACUAAAUGGUUCAAUAAAUAACUGUAAAUAAACUGUUGAGUGUGAAGAAACGAAAAA